CAGACUCUCGGUCUCACCAUCGCCAUCGCCUGUUCAUCACGAACCACGAGACAGAUUCCAACGAUCCUUCAUCCAUUCCCCUCGACGCUUCACGCCUUUCACCAACCUUUGUCUCCUUGCCCCUCUCGCCCGCCUCUAAAUCCACUAUCCCACCACACACACAUACGCACACGUACACCAUGCUACGUCGACAAGCGCGGGAGCGUCGAGAGUACAUGUACCUCAAAGCCUCCGAAGCGCGCGAAAGGCAAAUCUUUGAGCGCAAACAAAAGAUUCGACAGUUGAUUGCGGAGGGCAAGAGCAUUCCUAAAGAGUUGAUGGAUGGCCUGCAAGGUGGUGAUGAUGCGAGAAACGGGUUUGGUGGGAUGGGUGCUGGGGCAGCGUUGAAGGUGGAUGAGGCUCAGGCAGACGUGAUGACGUCGUUGGACUCGGAGUACGCUCGAGCAGGAACGUACGAUCCCAAGAUCCUCAUCACCACCUCUCGCGAUCCCUCUUCGCGUCUCUCGCAGUUCGCCAAAGAGAUUCGAUUAUGCUUGCCCAACAGCACGCGCAUCAAUCGAGGAGGCUAUACGGUCGGUGAAUUGGCAGCUGCUGCUAGAUCCAACGGAAUGACGGACAUGAUUGUGCUGCACGAACACAGAGGCCUACCCGAUGCCAUGGUCGUCAGCCACUUUCCGCACGGUCCCACCCUGCUCUUCACCCUAUCGGGCGUGGUGCUGAGACACGAAGUCAGCGCUCAUGCUCAGAGCACAGUCAGCGAACAAUAUCCUCACCUCCUAUUCGAAGGUUUCAACUCCAAAUUGGGAAGCAGAGUCAUGGAUGCUCUCAGGUUCCUCUUUCCCGUACCCAAAGAGGAUUCCAAAAGGGUCAUGACUUUUGCAAAUCAAGGAGAUUACAUCAGUUUCAGACAUCACGUCUUUGUCAAAACUUCCCACAGAGAGGUUCAACUGGCAGAAGUGGGUCCAAGGUUCGAAAUGCGUCCCUACGAGAUCAGGCAGGGAACGGUGGAACAGACGGAUGCAGAUGUGGAGUGGGUCUUGAGACCAUUCAUGAAUUCCGGCAGGAAGCGCAACCAGCUUUAAAGGAGAAAUCAGCGCCGCGAUGCAUUGCGAUGCGGUGCGGUGCGGUGCGUAGCGGUGCACAGGCCAGUUCCGUCACGCUCGUCCACCCUUGUAUUUGUAAUGUGCAUCUCUAGUCCUUGUGCUGCGAUCCACGCUUC